AUGUCCCAUCCAUUUUCGGAGUUUUUGCCUUGGCCCACCGGUCCGAAGUUGAAGAGUUUCAUCGACCGCUGCAACGAGGAGCUCGACGGCCUCAAAGAAGUUCUCGAGUCUGAAGGUGUUAUCGUGAGACGCCCCGAUCCUGCGUGCUGUGAUUUCAACGUCCGCACCAAGACACCCGAUUUUGAGAGCCCGAACCAAUACUGCGCUGUCUGUCCUCGUGACGUCAUUUGUACGAUCGGCAAUGAAAUUUUAGAAGCCACUAUGAGCAAGAGAUCUCGUUAUUUCGAGUACCGCCCAUACCGUAAACUCUGCCGUUACUACUUUGACAACGACCCCAAAAUGAAUUGGGUCUCGGCCCCUAAGCCGCUCAUGGCAGACUCGUCUUACAAUCCAGAGUUCUGGACUUGGAACGAAGAGCAGAGAAAGGCCAACAUGCAUGACUAUCACUUUUGCUGUAACGAGAAUGAGGUCCUCUUCGAUGCCGCUGAUACCCAGCUGAUUGGAGAUGUGAUGCUCGUCCAGCACUCUAUGACCACCAACUUGGCCGGCAUUCGUUGGCUCAAGAGACAGUACCAGCCCAAAGGCAUCACUGUCCGUACUCUACAUUUUCCUUACGAUUUAUAUCCGUCGCAUAUCGACUGUACAUUUGUCAGUGUCAGGCCUGGACUAGUGAGCCACUCGAGUAACUCUCUCUUUGCCCGCAUUAGUGUCCGUGGUAGGUUUUGA